AUGUCCGUCCCCGGCGUCGUCUCCCCGGCCGCCGACCGCUUCUACUGUCCCCCACCGCGCCGCCACCUCCUUGACAAGCAGCACAAACAGCAUCCGCCACUAACUGCCUCGGCGGCCGAGGAGCCGGCGAAGCCGACGCCGGAGCUCCGGCGAGACCCUUUUCCAUCUCCGGCAACUGCUACGACCAACCUCGAGAGCUUCAUCGCCUCCACCACCGUCCGCGUGCCCGCGCGGUGCCCUCCCCGAACGCCGGGCACGCGGGGGUGCCGGGCAGGAGCGCCGUACUACGAGCUCGCGGAUCUGUGGGAGGCGUUCGGGGAGUGGAGCUCGUACGGCGCCGGCGUGCCGCUGCUGCUCAAUGGCACGGACGGCGUCGUGCAGUACUACGUUCCAUUCCUCUCCGCUAUCCAGCUCUAUAGGUCACGGCCGCUGCCGUCAAGCAAGAGCUGCAGAUGCCUUAAUGAAGACAGUGAUGGUGACAAUGCUCUGGACACAAGCAGUGAUGUAAGCAAUGAGAGUGACAAUGACAAUGAAAGGUCUAUUGGAAGAACAACCCAGUGUUUAGCAGAAAACAUUUGCACUGAUCAAGAAAGUUUGUCCAGUGAUGACUGUGAGUCCAGCAACCAGGAAUCGUCCCCUGUUUUCCAAUAUGUGGAGCAUGAUGCACCAUAUGGAAGACAACCUUUAGCAGAUAUGGUAUCCCAUAUACGGAUACCAACAGGACCCACUCUACAAAAUCUAGAUGCUUGCUUUUUAACAUUCCAUUCAUUGUCAACAGCACCUGACGGUACGAUAAGCGGGUGUCCUGAGACAAAUAACUUCCAUAACAAUAAAAUUGCUGCUGUUCCUGGGAAGAUCACACUGCCUCUGAUCGGCCUAGCAUCUUACAAAUUUAAUGGUUCCCUGUGGACGUCAAAUCAGCACCAUGAGCAGCAGUUGACUACAUCCCUUCUGAAAGCUGCUGAUGACUGGCUUUGCCAGCGUCAAGUAGAUCACCCAGAUUACCGCUUCUUCCUAACACACUAA